AUUUCAAAAAUAUUUUUUAUUUUGUAAGAUACCCGGCCGGAAGAGCUAUUAAUGACAUCAAACAGGCCUAUUUUGACGUCGUAUCCAGUGUGGCAGUUUCGCGCAUUAACUGUGGUAUCUACCGUCAUUAUUUUCUGAUUCAGAGCUUUUGACACAGGCAGCCAUGGCCAUUCCCGUUGAAAUCAUAAGCAAGGUGAUAGAGCAAACGGCUAAGGUGGUAGACGAGCAGGUGGAGGCGCAGCUCAGCAAGCUGAAUGAAAUGGACGACGACGAUCUUGAGAGGCUGAAGGAAAGACGAUUGGAGGCACUUAAAAAAGCACAGAAGCAAAAGCAAGAGUGGCUGUCCAAAGGCCAUGGCGAGUACAGAGAAAUCUCCAGCGAGAAAGACUUUUUUGAUGAAGUAAAGGACAGCAAGAAUGUUGUCUGCCACUUUUACAGAAAUUCAACCUUCAGAUGUAAGAUCCUGGACAAACACCUGGCUCUCUUGGCAAAGAAGCAUGUUGAAACCAAGUUCAUUAAACUAAAUGUAGAAAAGGCCCCAUUUUUGACAGAGAGGCUACGCAUCAAAGUUAUUCCUACACUGGCUUUGCUUUUAGAUGGGAAAACAAAGGAUUAUGUAGUGGGAUUCACAGAUCUGGGCAACACAGAUGAGUUUUCCACCGAGAUGCUUGAAUGGAGACUUGGAUGCGCAGAUGUGAUUAACUACAGCGGCAACCUGAUGGAGCCACCGACAGGAUCACAAAAGUCUGGCUCAAAGAUCACAAAAGUGGAGAAGAAAAGUAUCAGAGGGCGAGGUUACGACUCCGACUCCGAGGACGACUGAAACGCUUUGAUGUGGCUGGUUUUAUCCGUUAUUUCCAGCAGACAGCCCUCUUUCAUUGUUUUGUUUUCAUCACCUACUCAUUCAUUUUUACAAUUUACCUGAUCUGUGAUUUUCAUCUUUUAUUUAAUGAAAUGUUAUGUUUUAUAUUUAGAUCAGUCAAGAUAUUGCAUAUGACUAACUUGGACAUACAGUAAUAAUAAUAAUUUGGUCAUCCUGAGCAAGGAAUCACACAUGAUGUGAUUCACUGUUUUAGUCUUCUAAUGGCCAAUACACUUUAAGCCUUCUUUUUGAAUCAGACUUGUUGGUUUCAUUGCGUUUUUUCAAGUGUUAGUUAGAACAGAGCCUGUGAUGCAUGUGGGUGCCAAGAUCAAAUGUAUUCAGUUUUUAGCAUCAGAAUACAUUUAUACAUAACAUGACCAUGUAGCAAAGAGUUUCACUUGAUAAAUAUUGAUGUAAUAAAAAGCAGUAAAAUAA